GGGUUACUAUUUUUUUCCUCCACCUUUCCCCUUCCUGCCUUGCUAGCUGGUGGGUACGUUAGAAAGAACUGCUUGAUAACGCAGCGUAACUUCGCUCGCUAUUUCCUGCUAUAUGAUUUAAAGGUGUCAUGUCUUCAGGCAGUAGACCGACGCAACAAGCCAUCAUGUCUAACGGAGAAAGCCCGGCUGCCCCCGCUCACCCUGUAGCAGCAGCCGCCCCCCCAAACCGGGUGAGCGUGGUGUUAGGAGCUCAGUGGGGCGAUGAAGGAAAGGGCAAGGUGGUGGAUCUGCUGGCACAGGACGCCGACAUUGUUUGCCGCUGCCAGGGAGGAAAUAAUGCAGGCCAUACAGUUGUAGUGGAUUCUGUUGAAUAUGAUUUUCAUCUCUUGCCAAGUGGAAUCAUAAACCCAAAUGUUACUGCCUUUAUAGGAAAUGGUGUUGUAAUCCAUCUACCUGGUUUAUUUGAAGAAGCAGAGAAAAAUCUGAAAAAAGGACAAGGAUUGGGUGGUUGGGAAAACAGGCUUGCUAUAUCUGACCGAGCACACAUUGUUUUUGACUUUCAUCAAGCUGCUGAUGGUAUCCAAGAACAGCAGAGACAAGAACAAGCUGGAAAAAAUCUGGGUACGACAAAGAAGGGAAUUGGACCAGUGUAUUCCUCAAAAGCUGCAAGAAGUGGCCUUAGAAUGUGUGAUCUUGUUUCAGAUUUUAAUGAAUUUUCUAAGAGAUUUGAAGUUCUGGCUAAACAGUAUAAAUCGAUGUACCCUUCACUAGAAAUCAACAUUGAAGGAGAACUUGACAAACUCAAGGACUAUGCUGAGAAAGUGAGACCCAUGGUGAAAGAUGGUGUUUACUUUAUACAUGAAGCUCUUCAUGGCACUCCAAAAAAAAUUUUGGUUGAAGGUGCAAACGCAGCACUCCUGGAUAUUGACUUUGGCACCUAUCCCUUUGUGACUUCUUCAAAUUGCACUGUUGGUGGAGUUUGUACAGGCCUUGGCAUUCCACCUCAAAGCAUUGGGGAUGUUUAUGGAGUGGUUAAAGCUUACACUACUCGAGUUGGUAUUGGUGCCUUUCCGACUGAGCAAAAUAAUGAAAUUGGAGAUAUUCUCCAAACUCGAGGCCAUGAGUUUGGAGUUACCACUGGAAGGAAGAGAAGAUGUGGAUGGUUAGAUCUAGUUUUGCUCAGAUUUGCACACAUGAUCAAUGGAUUUACGGCGUUGGCACUUACAAAACUUGAUAUUUUGGAUGUCUUUACGGAAAUUAAAGUAGGGGUUUCCUACAAAUUAGAUGGUGUAAAAAUACCUCACUUCCCAGCAAAUCAAGAAGUUUUAAAUAGAGUUGAGGUUGAAUAUGAAACACUCCCUGGAUGGAAAAGUGACACUUCUAAUACCAGAACGUUUGAAGAUCUGCCUGAGAAUGCAAAGAAAUAUGUCCAUUUUGUAGAAGAAUCGCUUGGAAUACCAAUUAAAUGGAUUGGCGUUGGGAAAUCUAGAGAGUCGAUGAUUCAAUGUUUCUGAGAAAAUUAACAUUUCUUCUACAUGGACCUCAUUUUACAAUCAUAGAUUUUGACUUGAACCAUGGAGAUCUAAGGGAAUGGGCAUGGGUUGGGAAAAGCAACUUCUUCUUUUUCUGUAACUAUGUAAUUGGGAUAUUAAAUAUUGAUGUACUUGUCUUA